AUGUCCAACAUCACUAAGACUUAUGAAGAAAGAGCAGCAGUUCACAAAAGCCAUACUGCUAAGAGACUUCUCACCUUGAUGGCAGAGAAGAAAACUAAUCUCUGUGCUUCUUUGGAUGUCACUACUACUGCUGAACUUUUGCGACUAGCUGAUAUUCUUGGACCUUAUAUUUCUUUAGUCAAAACACAUAUUGAUAUUGUUUCUGAUUUUUCAUAUGAAGGAACAAUUGUUCCUCUUGUCGAACUUUCUAAGAAGCACAAUUUUUUGAUUUUUGAGGAUAGAAAGUUUGCUGAUAUUGGCUCUACUGUUAAGGCCCAAUAUAGCUCAGGUGUUUACAAGAUUGUUCAAUGGGCUGAUAUUACUAAUGCCCACUCCGUUCCCGGUGAAGGAAUCAUUAGUGGUUUAAGAGAAGCUGCUCAUGAAUAUAUUGAAGCCAAUGGCAAUAAAACUGACCGAGGCUUGAUUAUGCUUGCCGAGCUUUCAUCUAAGGGCUCUUUGGCAGUUGGAGAAUAUACUGCACAGACAGUUGCCAUGGCUCGCCGAAACCUCGAUUUUGUUUUUGGCUUUAUUGCUCAAAACCGAAUGGAAGAAGGUGAAGGAGAAGAUUUGUUAAUUUUGACUCCUGGUGUUGGGUUGGACGACAAGGGUGACGGCCUUGGACAACAGUACCGUACUGUUGAUACUGUAAUUAAGGGCGGCUCAGAUGUCAUUAUUGUCGGUCGUGGUCUUUUUGGAAAGGGUAGAGACCCUCAAGCUGAAGGCAAGAGAUACAGAGAUGCUGGUUGGGCCGCCUAUGAGGCCCGUGUUUUUAAAUAG